AUGCGUCUGGAACAAAUUUCCGGGGAACAUAUACGCGUACUUUGCAAAAUCUUGCUCCGUCUGUCCCGAAAUGACAUAUGCUAUUAUGUGUGUACCUUACUCUUUCGCUCUUGUGUGUUGUCUCUUUUAAUGGCCUCCGCCGUCCCCGCAUACGUGCUCGCGCUGUCUUUCUCUGUACACAGACACACACACUUCCCACUGUACGACACUUCUCCAGGUUUAACACCGUCCGUCCGUCCACCACCGGAAAAGAUCUGUGGGCGAGCCAGCCGGAAAAAAGUGUCGUCUCUCUUCUCUCCGUCCGUGCUCGGCCGCUCCCCGUUUCACCUUUCCUGUAAUAUGUCCGGAGAAAAAGUGGGAAAAAAUAUUAUUAUGAUAUUCCAUUGUCGAAAAAAUAAAGUAUUAUGUUAUGUUAUGUUAUGUUAUUAUUUAUUUUUUCUUUCCUUCCGUUUUCUUUCUUGCUUUCAUCACAUCUCAAUAGUAUCAUGA